AUCCAUACUGACUCCUUGGCCAGCACAUAACCACUCUCCCUUUCUUCCACAACAACUAUAGCGGCUAUGUCAGUCAACACCGUACAGCUCACGAAUCGCUAUAAUCCCCAGCUCCUACAAGGGGAGAACCUUUUGACCGAAGGUAACACCGCCACCCUCACCCUCCAUAUCCCGUCCACGAUUCAAGGUCCGAAACGGACAGAAAGUGCAAAAGGGAGACUCUGGGUAACUGAUCGGCGUGUCGUAUUCGUGACGGAUAGUCUUAACGCUCCUGGGUCAAGCUCUAAUGACGGGCCUCCGGGGUACGACGCCCCUCCUACUCUCAACUCGCUCGAGAUCGGCCAUACACUCGUCCGGUCCUGCACCUACAACCUUCCCACAUUCUCCGCAAACCAUAUUCGUAUGUCCUUCUUGCCUUCUCCGUCAUCCAACUCGCUGCCUGAUCCCGGCACGGGCCAGGUCUUGGAAGCCAAGAUUAUCGUCGGGGAGGGGGCGGGACAUGCGGUGUGGAAGAUUAUUGAGGGAGAGAGAUCCAGAGCUGAGGAGAGAGGAAGGGAUGAAGAAGACUUGCCCGCGUACGACCAAGGACCUUCAGGACCUCCUCCAACAUUUGAUCCUCCUCUCAAAUCGUAACAUAUAAUCACCAAGCACACUUGAAAUAGUUUUAUACAACAUACCGUAUUCCAUGUAUAAACCCAUCAUUAUCACGCACUUCUGCGAGGAUACCACCAUGUCCCAUCUUUCUC